UUUUGACAUAAAUGCCAGUUAACCACUAAAUAGCUUUAAUUUUCAUACAAAAAUGUGCAAUACAAGAAAAUUAGAAAAUACCGAAAUAAAUUUAAGUGUAAAUGAUUUAGUAUUAACUCCGGCAACGUGUGCACUAUUAAUUAACGAAAUUAUAAAGUACUUGGUAUAUCAAAAAUCUCAAAUUCCUUAUCCUUACGCGUGGUUAAAAAACGUGGUCUCUCGUAAACGAAAAUCUGGUGAAAAUGAUAAAAAUUCAAAUCCGUCUGUAUCACGAAAUUAUAGUGCUGCAUCUAGUGCCUAUGAUAUCAUUGAAGAAAUGAUGAAAAACAUUUCCCAUCAAUUUAAAGAGAAUGGUGAUAAUGUUAAGGAAGUGAUGGUUUUAUUUGGUGCUACUCCGCACAGUCCUAAAGAAAUGAUUAGGUUUUUAAUACCAAAACUUGAGGAUAAACACAUAGACGUUAAUCACGUAAUUAGUAAUGAGAAAAAUAAGAAUAAAGUUUUACGAUCGUUAUUUCUAUCGGAAGAAUGGACAAAUGGAAUGGAACUUUCAUAUCCGUGCACAAACAUGUAUUUGUUAAUUAAUAAAACCAUCGCUAACCCAACUGAUGAUACUGCUUUUUUCUUACCAAUUCGUAAUUAUGAACACAAUGAAAAAGUACCUCAUCGAACAAUUAGGUUUUUAUAUAAUUUUUAUGUAGGUUUAUGUUGCCAUGAUUUACAAAUUUAUAAUAAUAGUUUAAAUAAAGUGGAUGAUGUAAAGGUGGAGGAGAAUGCUAAUGAUGGAAUUAGUAAUUAUUGGUAUCAGGGUAAAUUAAUUUUAAAAGGCUUUAAAGAUUGUUUUAUUAAUAAACAAUCUGCUUCAGAUCUUUUUUGACUACCAUAUAGGUAAUAGAGAUUUAGGUUUAUUGAAAAAAAUUAAUUAGAUUAUAACAAGAAUUACUAGAAUUAAUUUAUAUGUAAGCUAGUAUCAAUUUGAUUGUAUUUUACUUACUUUUAAGACAUAGUAUAUGAUGUUAGGAAUAAGAAAUACUGUUGAUUCAUUUUAGAUUUAUGUAAUUAUGAUAAGACUUUUUUACAACUUUUUAAAAUCAUU